AGGGCAGUUUAAAGAAAGUUUGUGUUAAUGAUCUAAUGCUAUCCUGGCCAUGGAUACUUUAAGCAUACUCUGUGUUUUCUUCUACUUGGGAAGAAGUUGGGGACAGGAACAAAUGUAUGUUGUCACAGCACCUAAAGUAUUCUAUGUUGGAGCCUCUGAAAAUGUAGUAAUUCAAGUUUAUGGAUACACAGAACCAUUUGCUGUGACCGCUGCUAUUAAAAGUUAUCCAGAUAAAAGUUUUGUAUAUUCUUCUGGCCAAGUUAUAUUAUCUCCGGAAAAUAAAUUCCAAAAUUCUGCAAACUUAACUAUACAACCAAAAGAUUUAUCUGAAGCUGCAAUUUCACAUGUGUAUUUAGAAGUUGUAUCUGUCCAUUUUUCUAAAGCAACAAAAAUUCCACUACGCUAUGACAAUGGAUAUCUUUUCAUUCAGACAGACAGAUCUGUUUAUAAUUUGGAUCAUUCAGUAAAAGUUAGAGUUUAUUCAUUGGAUGAAGACCUAAAGCCAUCCCAAAGAGAAGUUAUCUUAACUUUUAUAGAUCCAGAGGGGUCAGAAGUUGCCAUGGUAGAAAAAAACAAUUACACUGGAAUUAUCACUUUUCCUGACUUCAAGAUUCCUUCUAAUCCUAAAUAUGGUUUGUGGACGAUUAAAGCAAAAUACAAAGAGGACUUCACAACAACUGGAACUGCGUAUUUUGACGUUAACAGCCAUGAUUUGUAUUUGAAGAAAUCACAAUUGUCUAUUUUAGUGGAACCAGAAAAUUACUUCAUUAGCCAUAAAAACUUUGAAGACUUCAAAAUUACUAUCAAAGCUAGAUAUUCUUACUAUAAGAAUGUAACUGAGGCAGAAGUGUCUGUCUUUUUUGGAAUCAGGGAUGAUUUAUAUGAUAAUAGAAAAGAAAUGAUGGAUGAAGCAACACAAAGGAUCCAGCUGAUCAAUGGAGUCGCACAAGUCAAUUUCAAUACUUCAAAAGCAAUUAAAAACCUGCCAUAUGAAGGUCUAGAAGAUUUAAAUAACAAGUACCUUAAUGUUUUUGUAGAAGUAGAAGAAAGUACAGGUAAAUUCUUCAGAGAAACCAAAGAAACUGAUGUGAAAUAUGUUCUCUUUCCCUACACACUGAAUUUGGUUGCUACUCCACUUUUCCUGAAGCCUGGGAUUCCAUAUUCCAUCAAGGUGCAGGUGAAGGAUGUCUUUGCCCAUUUUGUAGGAGGGAUUACAGUAAUCUUGAAAGCAAAAGUUGUUAAAACUCAGGCGAAAACUGAUCUGGAGCCAAGGAAAAGUAAAACAAAUUCUCACGAUGGAGUAGCUUUGUUUGUGGUUAACAUUCCCACUGAUGCAACAGCACUGGAGUUUCAUAUUAGAACUGAUGACCCAUACCUUCCAGAAGAAUAUCAGGCCAGCAAUGACUACCAAGCUGUGGCUUAUUCAUCACCCAGACGAAGUUUCCUUUCUCUUAGCUGGACAAAUGGUUACAAGAGUUUGCUUGUGGGAGAACAACUAAGCAUAACUGUUACCCCUAAGAGUCCUUAUGUUGACAAAAUUACGCACUACAAUUUCUUGAUUUCAUCUAAGGGCAGAAUAGUACACUAUGGUAUGGAGAAGAAACUCUCAGGUUCGUCUUACCAACAUUUAAACCUUUCUGUGACUCAGCAUAUGGUUCCUACAGCCCAUCUUCUGGUCUAUUACAUCAUCACAGAAGAGCAGACAGCAGAAUUAGUGUCUGAUUCAGUCUGCAUAAAUAUUGAAGAAAAGUGUGGCCACCAGCUCCAGAUCCAUCUGUCUCCGGAUAAAGAUAUAUAUUCUCCAGGAGAAGCUAUAUCCCUUAUUAUGGAGACUCAGUCAGAAUCAUGGGUAGCAUUAACAACAAUCAACAGUGUUACACACAGCAUCCAACGAAGAAGCAAAAAUCCCAUGGAAAGAGUACUUCAAGCUCUAGAUAAAAGUAACCAGGGCUCUGGAGCAGGUGGUGGCAGAAACAGUGCUGAAGUGUUCGACUUGGCAGGACUCACUAUCCUCACAAAUGCAAAUGGCUCCCAACCAAAUGAUGGAUUAUUGAAGAAAAUGCUCAGAUCAAGAAGAGACGGGAAAGAGGAAAUAGAAAGCCUAGCCUCCCGAUACAAACACCCUGUGAUCAAGAGAUGCUGUUACGAUGGAACUCGACUAAGUGAGGAGAGCUGUGAGGAGAGAGCUGUAAAGAUUACCAUUGGACCGAAGUGUGUCAAAGCUUUCUCUGAGUGCUGUAACCGGUGGAACAGUAUGACACAUCACAAGGCACGGCUCUUAGGAUCAACAGAACCACUAAUGAUGUACUCCGUGUCAGUGCUAGAUGUUAGAAGAAAUGUUUUAGAAAACUGGUUAUGGGAAGUAUAUCAUAUCCCAAAAAGGUAUCAGCUAAAAUUGGUGCUACCUGAUUUGCCAACUACCUGGGAAAUUCAAGGUGUUGGCAUUACAAAUAAAGGUCUGUGUAUUGCUGAUACGCUGCAGUUGCAAGUAUAUGGAGACCAUUUCCCAACCAUAAAUGACAAUGCUGCAAGACUUAAUUAAAAGGCACAGUAUCCAACACCAAAAUUCUAGGAAUCCCUUGACUUGAACCAUGAAGUAACACUGAAGAUGGAAAUUAAGUGCUGGAAUAGAGCAACAAAAGGAUGAUAGCCCCUGCCUCUGACGAUAUGUGGAAUCACAAUUGUAGCUGCUGAUCUCCCACCUCUAGAUUUCUUUCAUGUGAGAAGGAAAUAAAUGUUUGUCUCAUUAAAGCUAGUUAUUUUGAUUGUCUAUUAUAUAAGUAGAAUUUAAUUCUAAUUCAUAUAGACUCAUUCUAAAGACUAUUGGUUCUAGCAAGUAAAAUAUAUGAGCAGGAGUUUAUCAGAGGAA